AUGCAACAACCAAUUCUUGCAUAUUGGUCAAUCAGAGGUCUAGUUGAGCAUAUUCGCAUGUUUCUAACUCACCUUGGAGUAGCUUUUGAGGAUAAGCAUUAUCCCACUGGCGACGCUCCAGAUUAUGACAAGAGUGUCUGGCUUGCUGAUAAAGAAAGCCUUGGUCUUGAUUUCCCAAACCUUCCUUAUUUCAUUGAUGACCAAGUCAAACUCACUGAAAGUGUUGCAAUUGUUACUUAUAUUGCAGGAAAAUACAACCCUGCUUAUAACGGGAGAACAAUUACAGAGCAAGCCAGUGUAAACAUGUGUGCCGGAGUUCUUCGAGAUGUCUGGAAUGCCAUUAUCAAUGCAAGCUAUUCUCCUGAUGCAACUACAAGAAUUCCAAUAGCGCUUGAUAGCCAUAGGGUUAAUUUAGGAAGAAUCGCAAACUAUCUUCAAGGAAAAAGAUUCCUUAUAGGAGAUCAGCCAACAUGGGUUGACUUUUUCGCAUAUGAACUAUUUGAUAGAAUUGAUGUAUUUAAUCCUGAGUUCUUAAGAGGCAUAUCUCCUAACUUUGAAGCUCAUAAAGGCCAUGUUAGAGGUUUAGCGCACGUAGAAGAGUUUGUGUCAAGACCAAGACUAGCAUUAAACAACAAGAUGGCAGGAUGGGGGAACUAA